GUUCCAGAGGGUUUUUUUUUUUUUUUUUUCCUGUUCUUUGAUUUUCCUGCUCUCUAGUGUGAAAGACAUUUCGCUUCUUCUUUUUAAAUGAAUUUUGGCUCUUCUCUGUGAAUGUAUUGAACCGGAAUCGCCGCCCAAGCACAGUAUUGUUUCAAUUUCACUUAGAACGUUUUGCUCCAAGAAAUGGCACUACAAUAUUCCGUAAGUAGGCCUCUAUCAUACUUCAUUUGGCCAAUGAAACAGAAGAAAUUUAACUCCUUCAAUUCAUUUUGUGGUGCAUAUCACCUUGCCAAAAUGAAACAUGUUGAAACCAGGGAGGAGUGUUUAGGCCUUCCUCCGAAUCGCUUGAGGCUGUCUUUACAGGAUGCUAUACCCAAAAGAAUAAGGAUCUCAAGAAGGAUUAAAGCAAUCAAAUCUAAUGAUGCCAGUUGGAAGAAAAAGCGAGAAGAUUUUAGUGACAGUGAUGAUGAAACAGAGGCACACCCUCCAUUGGAAGAAAAUGAUCCUUAUUUGAUGAAUCUUGAAGAGAGACAAGAGUGGAGGCAGAAAAUUAGAGAAGUGAUUAGUAUGCACCCUAAUAUUCAAGAGGAGGUAGACCCUGUUGAAAAAAAGGAAAAAAUGCAAAAGCUUCUUAAGGAUUACCCCCUUGUUCUUGAGGAGGACGAUCCUGACUGGCCUGAAGAUGCUGAUGGGUGGGGAUUCAACUUGGGACAGUUUUUUGACAAGAUUACCAUUAAGAACAAGAAAAAGGUUGAUGAUGAUAAUGAUGACAGUGAUAAUGAAAUAGUAUGGCAGGAUGAUAAUUAUAUACGUCCCAUCAAAGACAUAAAAACUGCAGAAUGGGAGGAGACUGUAUUCAAAGACAUAAGUCCGUUGGUAAUUAUUGUACACAACCGAUACAAAAGGCCAGAAGAGAAUGAAAGAAUUCUAUAUGAAGUGGAGAAGGCUGUUAAUAUUAUAUGGAACUGCAGAUUGCCUUCGCCAAGAUGUGUUGCAAUUGAUGCUGUUGUUGAGACUGAACUUGUUGCUGCACUCCGAGUGUCAAGCUUCCCGGAAAUCACCUUUACGAAAGCUGGGAAGAUCUUGUUCCGUGAAAAAGCGAUUCGAAAUGCAGAUGAGUUGUCAAAAAUGAUGGCAUUCUUCUAUUACGGAGCAGCAAAACCGUCAUGUUUGAGUAGCAUUACAGAUUUCCAAGAGGCCAUUCCUUCUCUUCCUAUCAAUAAUCCGGUCUCUUGAAUUAUAUUGACAUGAAAAUAGAGUUCAGUUUUUGGGCUGAAGCUGCCUUUAGCACUUUCUUGUCAGAAAGGCAAGAAAUAUGGAUAGCACCAUUUGACUGUCGUAUAUAUUAUGUAGUCAUUGGUGUACACCGUACAAGUAGCAUAAGUACGUCUGUCGCCUAGGAGGAAGAGGAAGUUCGAGACUGCAGAGACGAUCAAUUGGUAAUUUAUUUAUUGUUUCAUAUGGAUUUUUAUUAUUUGUAAUCUUUUGGAUUUAGAGAAUAUAAAUUUGUAAACGUUUAUUUGGUUCUAGAGCUGAUAAUAUGGAUCGGGUUUUGUGGA